AUCACUAAUGAUCUGUGGCAUUAUUCUGCAAGUCAAUGAAAAUCUCUAGUCAAUGGCCAAAAUGAUCUAAUAAGUAAGAUUUUAGUUUCCAAACAAAGGGCUUAAGUAGGCUAGUGUCCUUCUGAAACAUCCUCUUUUGAUGUUUUUUCCCUGACAGAUUUCUCACUUUGCUGAAAUCUUGAUAAAGAAUAUAUGGGAAACUUUUGCUCGAUCUCCAUAUCAUGCGAUAAAUUACUCUCUGGUUGCUUGGAUUUCGCUUUCAGAAAAGCUGUCUACAUAUCCAAGCUUAAAGAAAAUAUCGAUGGUUUGAAGAUUGCAGUGGAAGAACUAACAGAUCUACGUAAUGAUGUGACGAGAAGAGUGAAAGUUGACGAGGAGCAACAAUUGAAGCGGCUAGACCAGGUACAAAGGUGGAUUUUAAGGGCAGAAGCUGCUAUAGAUAAAGCUAAUGAAUUGCUAAGAGAAGGUUCCCAAGAAAUUGAAAGACUGUGUCUUAGAGGUUACUGUUCCAAGAACUACAAGUCAAGCUACAGGUUUGCCAAAGAAGUGGAUAAGAGGCUACGGGAUGUGGCUGAUUUAAAGGCCAACGGAGAUUUCGAAGUGGUGGCUGAGAGGGUUCCUGCGGCUUCAGGAGUUCCAAGGCCCAGUGAACCAACAGUGGGGUUGGAGUCAACAUUCAAUCAGGUGUGGACCUUCCUGAGAGAAGAAAAACAGGUGGGAAUUGUAGGGUUAUAUGGAAUGGGGGGUGUCGGAAAAACUACCCUCUUGACUCAAAUCAACAACGAGUCUCUCAAGACACUCGAUUAUUUUGAUAUUGUGAUAUGGGUAGUGGUGUCAAAAGAUUUGAAACUUAACACUAUUCAAGAAAGCAUAGGGAGAAAAAUAGGCUGUUCUGAUGAUUUGUGGAAGAAUAAAAGCCUUGACGAAAAAUCUGUGGACAUAUUUACUGCCUUGCGCCAUAAAAGGUUUGUGAUGUUGUUGGAUGAUAUCUGGGAGAGGGUUGAUUUAAAAAAACUUGGAGUUCCUCUUCCUGAUAUGAAAAACGGUUCCAAGGUAGUUUUCACAACUCGUUCCGAAGAAAUUUGCGGCCUGAUGGAUGCUGACAAAACUGUGAGGGUAAAUUGCUUGGAAGGGGACCAUGCUUGGGAUUUGUUUCGGAAAAAAGUAGGAGAUCAAACUCUUGGUGGUCAUCCUGAUAUUCCUGAACUCGCAAGAGAUGUUGCCAGUGAAUGUGGAGGUUUGCCCCUUGCGCUCAUCACUAUUGGUCGGGCUAUGGCUUGCAAGAAAACACCUCAAGAAUGGCGUCAUGCUAUCCAGGUCUUAAGGAAAUCAGCUUCAAAAUUUUCAGGCAUGGGAGAUGAGGUAUUCCCUCUGUUGAAGUUUAGUUAUGAUAAUCUAUCCAAACAAAAAAUAAGAAAUUGUUUUCUGUACUGUAGUCUCUUUCCAGAGGACUUUCUGAUAAAUAAAAAUGAUCUGAUAGAUUAUUGGAUUGGUGAGGGAAUUUUAGAUGGAAGUGAUGGCAGGGAAGUGGUAGAGAAUUGGGGGUAUCACUUUAUCGGUUGUCUUCUCCAUGCAUGUUUAUUGGAAGAUAAAGAUGAUUGCGUGAGAAUGCAUGAUGUGAUUCGCGAUAUGGCUUUGUGGAUAGCAUCUGAUAUUGAAAGGGAUCAACAAAAUUUUUUCGUGCAAACUGGAGCUCAAUCAAGUAAGGCUCCGGAGGUUGGAAAAUGGGAAGGUGGCAGAAAGGUUUCGUUUAUGGCAAAUCAUAUAGAACAUCUUUCAGAAACACCAAACUGCUCCAAUCUUCAAACUUUGUUUCUUGGUAGUAUUCAUUUGAAAAAAAUCUCCAGAGGUUUCUUCCAAUUUAUGCCUAAACUAACAGUUCUAGACUUGUCAAAUAACAAUUCCCUACUCGGAUUGCCUAGGGAUGUUUGGAAGUUGGUUUCGUUACAAUAUCUGAAUCUUUCACGGACAGGCAUAAAGGAGUUGCCAACAGAGUUGAAUGAAUUGGUAAAGUUGAGAUAUUUGAACCUGGAGUAUACGCAUUCGCUCUAUCUACUACCACACGGAGUGAUAUCUGGCUUCCCGAUGAUGCAUGUAUUAAGAAUGUUCCGUUGUGGUUCUUCUGAACAGGCAGCUGAAGACUGUAUUCUUUCGAGAGACGAAUCCUUGGUGGAAGAACUGCAGUGCUUGGAAAAACUGAAUAUGCUGACUGUCACCAUAAGAAGUGCUGCUGCUCUUGAGCGAUUGUCAAGCUUCCAAGGGAUGCAGAGUUCUACUCGAGUUCUAUACCUCGAGCUUUUCCAUGAUUCAAAGCUAGUUAAUUUUUCAUCAUUAGCAAAUAUGAAAAAUCUGGAUGCUCUGCACAUUUGUCAUUGUGGGAGUUUGGAAGAGUUGCAGAUUGACUGGGAAGGGGAACUACAAAAGAUGCAAGCUAUCAACAACCUUGCCCAAGUGGCCACAACGGAGAGACCCUUCCGCAGCCUCUCCAGUGUAUAUGUAGAAAAUUGCUUGAAAUUGAGUAACUUGACAUGGCUUAUACUAGCACAAAACCUUACAUUUCUUAGGAUAUCAAACUGCCCUAAACUGGUAGAAUUAGCAAGUGUUGAGAAACUGCCUGAGGUUCCUGAGUUGGUGGAAAAUUUAAACCCAUUUGCAAAACUCAAAGCUGUCGAAUUAUUAUCCUUGCCAAAUCUAAAAAGCUUCUUUUGGAAUGCCCUGCCACUACCAUCAGUGAAGGAUGUCCGAGUUGUUGACUGCCCGUUUCUGGAUAAGCGGCCUCUCGAUACUAGCAGAGCCAGUCAGUAAAAUGACUACACAGGGAGAAAAAACUGGUAGCAAGAUCUGCUGAGAUGGCAGAAUGAAGCUACAAAAACAAUGAUUUUCUUCAUCGCUUCUUCAUAUUGCACAGAAUCGCAAAUUUGUUUUAGUUCGUAAUUUUUCUUUUCUGCCUUCCUUCUUUAUCUCCCCAUUUUUUUCUCUUGUUCCUAGUUUGUAAUCCAGUCUUAUCCACUUGUAUUUCAUUGAAUUCUGAAUAUUGUUUGUUUGAGUGUUUGAUAGUAUCUUCUUUGUGUUCAAA